UCCUAUGCCAUAGCCACUGCCAAACGUGGCGUUAUAGUAUUCAGUAGCUUUUUGCUUCGCCAUUUUAAAGCUUUCAACUGCUCCCGCUACAAAAAUCUGACCAAGGGUCUCCGCUUCGAAAAUGCUGGCGAAUCUCCAUCUCAUCUCCUGCAACUUCUCCUCUCAGUCCUUUGAUCUGAGACCUAGGAGUUCUUCUUCGCGCCAAACCCAAUCUCUCCAUCAUCCAAAGUUGCCGCGUUUACUUCCUAAAGCAGGUUUCAACCAGCCAUUUUUACUCAAACACAACGAGAAUUUCCCAAUUCAGAGGAAGGGUUCCAUCCAAAUAUGCCGCAGCGUUCUGAAAUCGCCGGAUGAUCCAGAGAAAGAGCAGGAGGGCUUGAAGGAAAGCAAGGAUGUCGGCGCCAGAGAGAGUAGGGAUUGGACUAGCUCAAUUUUGCUGUUUGUGUUCUGGGGUGGAAUUUUGUACUAUGUCUUCAAUCUCACUCCUGACCAGACUCCGUCGAGAGAUAUGUAUUUCUUGCUGAAGCUGUGCAAUUUGAAAGGAGAUGAUGGGUUUAGGAUGAAUGAGUUUCUUGUUUCCUUAUGGUACAUCAUGGGUUUGUGGCCUUUAGCUUAUAGCAUGCUUCUCCUUCCAACUGGAAGAAGCUCAAAGAGCAAGAUUCCAGUGUGGCCUUUCCUUGUACUUUCUUGCUUCGGUGGUGCUUAUGCCCUUAUGCCGUAUUUCGUUCUCUGGAACCCUCCUCCACCUUCUGUUGAAGAAAGUGAGCUCAAGAGAUGGCCUUUGAAUGUUAUGGACUCAAAGUUGACUGCGGUUGUUUUGCUCGCUGCCGGACUAGGCCUGUUUAUCCGUGCAGGAAUUUCAAUUGAUGACUGGGGCGAAUUUUUCCAGUACUUCAGGGAGAGCAAAUUUAUUCACAUCACAUCCCUCGAUUUCUCUCUGCUGUCUUUGUUCGCUCCUUUCUGGGUUUACAAUGAUAUGACUGCUCGAAAAUGCUUUAUAUUUGGUCCUACGGCCAUCAUUAUCAGAACUUGCAGCCCGUUCAGAGCCAGAGUAGACAUCCAAAUUUCAAGCUUUGCUUCUCUGCAUUCAAAUCAAUUCUCGACACAGCUGUGAAAGCAAUUUCAGAUAUGGCUCAAGGAAGAAUCUAUCAAGCUUUUGGCUACCCGUCUCGAAUCGAGCUGAGCAACUUCUUGCUUUAGGGAGGACAAGUGUCGACUUCCUGAUGGCUGAAGUUGUAAUUCCGAGAUAGAUGUCUGAUUGUAUAGAGGUUAGAAAUUCAAACCAUAAGGCAGGGAGAUAUGAACACAUGUACUGCCUUGAAAAUUGCUUUUCGAGCCAUUUAAUUUAGGUCAUCAGAAUCUAUGAAAGCCAAAAGUGUUGCAUAAUGGUUUCACAUGAAACAUUUCUUCUCAGAACUCAAAAGCACCAAAAACAGACAUCUGUAGAAGAUCUAGAUAAGGUUGCA